GCAGACAGCCCAUGUCACAAGUUCUGGGAGAGCUUACAGAGCUGACAUCCUCAGCGUACAGAAAGUCAUCGAAUUCACUGUUCAUUUUAUUUAGAGACACAGCACAGUAUAUGCCCUUCAAAAUGCUUUACCCAGCAAACCCCCCCCACCCCCCCAUCCAACAACCCUGAUUAACACUAACCUAAUCACGGGACAAUUUAUAAUGACCAGUUAACCUAGCCAACACGUCUAUGGACUGUGGGAGGAAACCGGAGCACCCGGAGAAAGCCCAUGCGUUCACGGGGAGGAUGCCGGGAUCAAACUCUGAACUCCGACACCCCUUGCUGUAAUAGCAUCGCACUAACCGCUAUGUUACCAUGGUGCCCAGUGUUCGAAGUAAAUUUAUUGUCAAAGUACAUAUAUAUAUAUGUUGGCUGGAUGUAGAAUUAUAGGGAUAACAUUAGCAGGGCAUUUGGAAAAGAGCAGAUAAGAUACAGGAGCCUAGGGACUCACGCCACCAGGUUCAGGAACAGUAAUUACCCCUCACCCAUCUGGCUCUUGAACCAGGUCAGGGAUCUGUGGACGCUCUGCUCUUGGUGGAAUUCCAUUGCCAAACUGCAGGACCACUUAGGAAAACAUGCUCGGUGCCGGGCGGACGCUACUGGACUUUGCCCGUGGCCACCUUCGCGCUGGGCGGUGCCUCGCCAAGCUUCAGCCCUGGUGCGUGAGGAAGGCUUUCCAUCUGAAGACGGGGCUGGGCACUUCCAAGCCUCUCGACGCUGCAGGCCCGUCCCGUGCUCGCAAAACGGAGGAGGUGUUCGGCCAGAGCUCGCUGCAGGGCUACCUGAGGGAGCUGGAGCGGGAGUACGCGGAGUCGCUGGAGAGACUCGCUGGUUGCCGGGCGUCCCCCGGGCGGGAGAGCGACAGUACAGCCAGGGAGCUGCAGAGGCGAGUGGGUGAGCUAGCACCGGUGGUGAACGAACUGCUGCAGCUGAGGGCCAAGGAGCAGGAGCUUCGAGACAUUGAGAUCCUGCUGAAAGAUGACGAUGCCGAUCUAAAGAGGCUGGCAGAGAGUGAAGAGAGUGGUUGCCAGGCAACGAUCCAGGGCCUGAGGACCAAGAUCCUUUCACUCCUGAUUCCCUCGGAAGAGGCGAGUAACAACGACCUGAUUCUGGAGGUGACAGCGGGCGUCGGCGGACAGGAGUCCAUGCUGUUUGCUGCGGAGAUGUUCGAAAUGUACCAGGGCUACGCAGCCUACAAGCACUGGGACUUUGACGUGCUGGACUACCGUCACAGUGAGCUAGGAGGUCUGCGACAUGCUGUUGCCAGUGUGAGCGGAGAGGGGAGCUAUGGACGCCUGAAGUACGAGGGGGGAGUUCACCGAGUUCAGAGGAUCCCCAGAACCGAGAAGCAAGGCAGGAUUCACACCAGCACCAUGACCGUGGUGGUAUUACCCCAGCCCACCGAGAUUGAGCUGACGAUCAGCCCAAAGGACCUGCGGAUCGAAACGAAGCGAGCGAGUGGGGCGGGAGGUCAACAUGUGAACACGACGGACAGCGCAGUCCGAAUCCUCCACAUCCCGACCGGUGUGGUGUCUGAGUGCCAGCAGGAGCGGUCACAGCUGCGGAAUCGCGAACGGGCCAUGCAGAUGCUGCGGGCUAAGCUGUACGGCAGGAAGCUGGAGGAGGAGACGAGCAGACGGCAGCAUGCUCGCAGUAUUCAGACUGGAACCAGGGGGAGAUCAGAAAAAAUCCGAACCUACAACUUUCCACAGGACAGGGUGACAGAUCAUCGGAUCGGCAAAUCGCUCUACAACCUAAAGGACUUCAUGCUGGGGGAAGAGCUCCUGGACGAGAUGAUUGAGGAGCUGAGAGGCCUUGCUAACACUGAACAUCUCCUCGAGUUCCUGGAGAACAUGCAGAGGCAACAGAAUAGAUCAGGGGACCGGUGACGGUCUUUCAAAACUCCAAUAAAAUUGGACUUGAUAUGCUCCGAUUGAUUUUAGAGUCUU